CGCCCUCCGUCGCGUCGGAGGCCUCUGAAUGACACCACACUUCGCUCGAAUGGGAUUUCCACUCCACCCCGCCUCACAAAGGGCAAAGACAAAGUUCGCAGCAACGCCCUAACCUCCUCGCCUGGCAGCCUUCCCCACAACGAGUCUCUUGUCCCCAAUGGAACUCUAGCAGUCCGCCAUCAUCAAGAGCCUCUCGCAGAGAACAAGCGCGUCUCCGCCGUUUCAACCGAAGAGCAUCACAACAAGCGAGACUCCGAGAUCUCCAACGCAAGCACGAACGCGUCUGACUACAGCCGCCGUCGCAAGACACACAUUGGACCUUGGCAAUUAGGGAAAACAAUUGGUAAAGGCGGAUGCUCUAGGGUCCGGGUCGUGAGACAUUCUGUUACUCAACAGUAUGGAGCGGCCAAGAUCAUCUCGAAGGCCACAGCGGAGAAGGUGCGAGCAUUGAGCUUGGCCAAUCUUAUCAAGAGCGCUGAGACGGAGGCAUCGCUAUGGUCUGGCGGCAAGGUCAUCCCGUUCGGCCUCGAGCGAGAAAUUGUCAUCAUGAAGUUGCUGGAACAUCGCAACAUCGUCAAGCUAUAUGAUGUUUGGGAGAACCACAAUGAGUUGUAUCUGGUCAUGGAGUACGUCCAAGGUGGUGAGCUUUUCCACUAUAUCGAAGAACAAGGAGGCCUCCAGGAAAUCGAAGUAGUCCACCUCUUCCGACAGAUCAUUGCUGCCUUGCUCUACUGCCAUCGGCUUCACAUACACCAUCGAGAUCUGAAGCCUGAAAAUAUUCUUUUGGAUCGAACUACCUUUGAGAUAAAGCUAGUCGAUUUUGGAAUGGCAGCUUUGCAACCUGUAGGCCAGAAACUCAGCACUCCUUGCGGAAGUCCGCACUAUGCUGCACCAGAGGUUAUUCGAUUUAGAGCCUACGACGGAGGCAAGGCAGACGUCUGGAGCUGUGGCGUCAUAUUGUAUGUGAUGCUUACCGGCACUCCGCCAUUCAACUAUUCGGGCGACGAUCGCGACCUCAAGGAUCUUUUCAGAGCCAUUGCACUAGCCGACUACAUCAUGCCCGACAUGAUCUCGAAGGAAGCCCAGGAUCUGAUCGGCAAGAUUCUUGUCACUGAUCCCGAGCGACGCAUCAGCAUCAACGACAUAUGGGCGCACCCUUUCUUGCAUAAGUAUGACUCGCAGCUCAGUUUCCGGGGCGAGAAUUCCAAAAAGGAAACCUGGAUCGGACCGACACCUCGAGUCAACGAUUGGGAACCUCUUUCGAGGCGUGAUAUCGAUAGAGAAAUCUUCCGCAAUAUGCGGAUGCUCUGGCAUAGCGAGAAAGAGGAAGUCCUGGUGCAGAAGCUGUUGAACGAGGAUAACAACCACGAAAAGUACUUCUACACCGCUCUAGUGAAGCAUAGGGACGAGCAGUUGGAACACUACGUACCUAGUCCUGGCGGUGUUGGAUAUUCCGCGAGUGACUAUCAUCACAACAAACUUGCUCGAGAGGCCGCCUUGCGCCGCCUACCACCGAAGAACCAUCAGCGAUCGCAGUCACAAUAUUCUAUCCUGAACGAUGAGCAUCUGUAUUCAAAACACAGCUUCUACGAACCACCACCUUCGGAUGCUAGCUACGAUCCCUUCAGAGCCUCUCGGGAUCCGAUUGUCCACAACAAGGCUAACUACGUAAACGUUACCGUCCUGCGAGGAUCAUCGAAUGGAAGCCGUAAGCCUAAGCCUGGUACGGGCAUGAGCGAGCGCCAGAGAAGCUCAUUGAGAAUUCAAACUCUCAGGAACACUCGAGUGCGUAGCUCAGGCCUUUCAAGCGCGGUGUCAAGCAAGGGAGGAUCCCCUGCCACUCACCGAGCCAAUGCUUCAAAGCGGAGAUCCAUGUCCCGUGGAUCCAUGACGAGCUCUCUCUGGCCAAGCAGUCCGCCGGUAAUAGUAGCUGCGAGGCCCAGCAGCACGGUCAAGAGAGGUGUAAGCUUCACGCACUUACGACGAACUUCGACGGUCUCAGUGCUCAACGCAGAUGUUCAGUACACUCCCGAGCAACGCAAAUUCCUGAGUCGUCCACCGGAAGCAAGCACCACUUUAUCGGCCUCAUCUUCAAGGGCUACGGCUAGGCCAAAUCAAGCACCUAUAGCUCAUACGUCUAGAGCACCUACGAGCCCGAAGAUCCCACGUCUCAGGAUUCGGAAACCGGAGAGUCCGAGCAAAUACAUUCAGUCCGAGGCUCGCAAGGUCAGCACCGAGCUUGAGAAGGUCAUGGAGGAAGCGUUCAACCGUUCCUCGAUCAGCUCCAGCGUCAGAACAUCCAACACUGAUAGAAACCAUGAUCCAUUCGGGUUUGAUACACCGCCGACAUCGUUCUCCAACCAGUCAGGUGGGCUUUUCGCUACGCCGAAGGACAACUCUGUGAAGAAUCGGCCACUGCCUCCAUUGCCCAUCGAGACCCCCAACACUUUCCUACAGCGUGAGAUCGCGCAGACUCGGGACCGACUUGCAGCUCGAUUGGCAUCAGAGGAUGUUGACGACACCACUGCAUCUUUCAGUGAGGUCUUGGAGCAUCUUGAUCGUCUGCUGCAGCCCCACAACAACGCCAAGCGCACCUCUUCCGCUCCGCCAAAGUCGCCGGAGUAUCUUGGGUACCUACCCAUUAUCUCCGAGAGUCGGGCAGAGGAAGGAGAUGAGUACAAGCGUUCAGUGACGGAUCCCCUCAAAGGUAGACCUGCGUGGCAGAGCAGAGCCACCACAAACUACACUUCCACUAUUCGUGUCGUCAAUCCAGAUUCGCCGACUGCCGUCGCUCCUCUCAAUAUCCGCAAGAAGAGUGGCGCUAGCACCAAGUCGUCAGCUCCUUCACACGAUGCUAACGGUGAGAAAGCAGUGCGAUGGUCCGGCCCAACGCCGAUUCCCCGUGCAACCUCGCCUACACCCCCUCGUAAGGUAGCAGGCGAUGACAAGGACGCGACCAUUCGGUCUCUCACUAAGAAGCGAUCUUGGUUCCGGAGAGUUGUCAGCGAUAAGGGCGCUCAGGACCACGAUCAACAGGAACACGACACUCGUCUCAGAAUUCCUGAGGCAUGGCAGGGGCUCGAUGAUCGUAUCAAGAAUGUCCCAACCGAGCCUAUUCCUGUCACCAUCGAGCUGCCAAUGAAGCACACAAAGAAGCAAUCCGACACCAGCAGCGAGUUCCCUAUGCGCGACCGUGAGGAGAAGAAGCCUGGCAAGGUCGAUGGAAGCGGAGGUCGCCGCGGCUUCCUAGGCUUAUUCGGCAAGAAGCACAAGGAUGACAGGAACUCAGAUGGGUACAAAAUGGGCCCCGCAGCCGCUGACAGCAACUCACUCUUGGAGUCGAGCGGAUACGACCUCGCAUCUGACGACGGCAACCACUACCGCCCAGACUACCAGACCAAUUGGCUCUCUCGCUUCCUGCACAUUAAGCCUGCGAGCAAGACGCUCUGCUUCCACAUUGGACGCGGCCGUGCGCGUCAGGAGCUAGUGCGUCUGCUGCGUGAUUGGCAGCGUUUCGGCGUACGCGACGUCUUCUUUGACCGGAAGACUAACGUCGUCAAUGCGCGCGUUGAUAAGUCAAAUCACCUCAAGAUCAAGCCAGUUUCUCUCGUUAUCGAGCUCUUCGUCGUUCUCGAACACGGUCGUCGCGCCCAGCUUUGCAUCGCUCGUUUCACGCAGACCCGCGGCGCGGCAUCCAGUUUCCGCAAGGUCGUCGACAUUGUCGAGGAUGUGUUCAAGGCUAAGGGCAUUCUCAUUGAGGACGAGGAGAAGAAGAAUGCAAUGUCUGAAGUGCUG